GUCAUCCUAGUCCUUCCACUGUAUUUCCUGUUUAUUGUUGUCGCGUUCUCCGGUAAUUUUCUGCCUUAUACAAGAAUGUGGUACUGUUAUCUUGGCCUAAAAUAAUCAAUCCUUUAGUUAUAUUAAUGGAUUAUGAAAAUGUGGUUUGUUGAAAUAUUAUAGUGCUUAAUCUGUAAUUUGAAGAGGACUUCCAGUUGCAAAGAAUCAAGGAUUUGGCCCAGUUGACUACAUAUCUAUCCAGAUGGAGGACUCAGAGACCGAAUUGACUUCAUCUGAACCCGAUGCACUUGGGGCUGAUUUCAUCACAGUGGAACUGGACACGCAGCCCAUAGAAUAUGUGGUGAAAUGGGCAGAGGUGGGAUCAAAGUUCACAAUAUCCUGUGUGAAGAAGGAGGCAGAUGAGGGUUCCGGCCUGAUGUGUGAGGAGGUGAAGACUGAAUCAGACGAAGCCUUCUUCUCCCAGUAUGAGGAGGUGUACGCUGGCUGUGAUGUGGCGGAGCAAAGUGUUGAGAUAAAGACCGACUCUGAUGAGGAGGACAUCACUGAGCCUGGGAGUAGCCAGCUGGGGGAUGAGGAUGUGUCUGACUCUGGCACAGAGAAGGGGGACUAUAACUCGGAAGACAGAAAUUAUCGCUGCAACUACUGUGGGAAGAGCUACAGCCAUUCUUCCAGCCUGUCAAGACACCUGCAAAAGCACACAGGCAAGUCCAUGAUCCCUCCCGCCUCAAGGCCCAAGCAACCAGAGCCAGUUGAGACGUCCCAAUUUCAGUGCGUUCAGUGUGGCUUGAGAUUCAAAGGCAGCCGAUCACUCGGCGUGCAUAAGAAAACGCAUCUAGGAAAAAGACUCUUCCCAUGCAAUAUAUGUGGAAAGGAUUUUAACCACAGCUCAAGCUUAUCCAGGCACAGGCUCAUCCACAAAAAAGGCAAGGGUAUCCCCCGUGUCCUCCAAGACAUGAGUCAUGUCCGCCAACCUGCCAACGCCGGCACCCGCACCAAGAAAGGCAAGAAGAAGAAGAAGCAGCUGCAGCAACAGCAGAAGCGGCAGAAGCUGCAGCGCCAACCGCAACAUCAAGGCGGGGAGAAGUUCUACGCCUGCACUCAGUGCGAGAUGACCUUCAAGACGUCGACGGCGCUCUCCAAACAUCAGGUCACUCACGUCAGGGAGCUCUUGACCAACUACACCCAAGGCACAGACGACCUCACUAAGUCCUCCGACCUGAAGAUCCGCCUCAAGCUGUGUUCCAGGGACAAGCCCAACUUCUACACCCUCUGCAAGAAGAACAAGCGGUCCAGGGCCGCCAAGCGAGCGUCCACGUCCGAGGACGAGGAGGGCCUGUUUGCCUGCAAGCAGUGCGACAAGCGUUUCAGCCACGCCUCCAGUCUGGCCCGGCACCAGCAGAUGCACAAGGGGGAGAACAAGUUCAACUGCUCCUACUGUAGAAAGACCUUUACCCGCCUGUCCAACCUCCACCACCACGAGAAGUCUCAUUCCUCGGAGAAGCACUAUGAAUGCACAGCCUGCAACAAAACAUUUGUGCACUCGUCCAGUUUCUCGAGGCACAAGAAGGCCCAUGCCGAGCAGGGGAGGGCGUCCAAGCUGCGCCAGAGGAAGAGGGGAGCCAUAGAUGAGACGGCACCGUUGGAAUCAGACUCUGAGUGAGGGUAGAGGUGGUGGUUGGCUCUCCAUUGUCCACACACAGUGGAUGAAACUCUUGGUAAUACCAUAAGGGGUGAAUUAUUAGUUCCUCUAGGACCUUUUUUUGGACUAAUAUUGACAUUAUUCUUGAAUAUAUGUGUGUGAUAAACAUUGGUUAUAUGCCUUCCUGCUUCAUGGGAUGGUCUUAGAAAUAGUUUUGAGUGCAAGUUGUCUCCCCCCCUCCUCCACCCCCCCCCCCACCCCCCUCUUCCCCAUACACAUUCUUGUAACAAACACACACACACACAAACAUGCACACACAAACAAUUAUUGCACUGCUGUUUGCUGCAGCCCUUGCAAUGAAAAUAAAAAAUGUUACUUUUUUUUUUUUUUUUUUUUACUAUUAUUUUGUUAAUUCCCUUUUGGUCAUGUUUUGCCACAGGGUUCAUUUGAUUUUUAGGAUUAAACAAAGUGUUGCUGGUAUCUUCGCCAACUGUUAAGUAUAGGCCUACACCACCGUCUGUGAAGUUAAUCAGUUGUACCUAAACCUAAAAAAUGGCUAAACAGUGCCCGUAUUCCAUGUUCUGUAUAUAACCUUGCAGAAUGAUUUAUUUUUAAUGAUAGUGAUGUGACAAAGGGUAUACAUUCAAACCUUGCCAUGUGUCAAACUCAAUGAAGAUGUGAUCUCUGGAGCUUAAGGUUUGUUAAUGGUUCAGCUUCAGUAGGUUUGGUCCUCCAGAUUUUAUAUCUGUUCAUGCAAGUGAUCAAUGUGACAAGAUCAAAACAUUGACACAUGGCAAAGAUGAUUGAUUGCAUCCUCAGUAAAUGUGCUUAGAUACAUUCUUCUACUAGAAAACAAUGGCAAGUGUUAAGAGAAAGGAAUCCAUUUGAUUUAAUACAUUUCCUUUAUCAUUUUGUUUUUCUCCAGAAUAUAGUUAUAGGUGAGAAUUGAGUUUUGUUUAGGAUGCUUUCAUGGUUGGUUGAUAUUUGGAUGGAUUAAAUUAUGGAGCUACUUUUCUACUGCACAGUGUUUGGAUAGGUUUACUGUGUUAUACCUUUCUUUGUGAAAGUUCAGACUGUUGGUUUUAGUGUUAAAAUAUGAAAUCCAAUGGAAUUGUGUAUUUGAUAUUUGUCAUUAUAAUCGGCAUUGAUUUAAAAUAUAUAUAAAGUUGUGACUCCAUAUAUAGCCUAUGUAUGCAUGAUAAAUUUAGCAUAGUAGUUUACACUAUAUGUAGUUAGUAGAUCUGCUGUGAGUGUGAGAAAAAUAUCACAUUUGUGAAAAUACAAAUGAUUGAGGGAUUUACCAAUAAGUGCUUUUUAUUUUGACAAAUAUCCCAAAAUAUUCUAGGAAUUGCGGAUUUCAUAUUUUAAUAAGUAUUGUAUUAGUCUAUUAUUCAUUGAGGUUGUGGGGGAAGCUGCACUACUUAUUUAUGAAUUUGGAAUAAGUGUAACAUUAUUAAUGCUAAUGAAUGUGAUUCACAAGAAUGAUCAUAGUUGGAACCCCUUCCUUGGUGGCUAAUCCUUCCUUUUCGUCCCAGACUUUUCAGAUCUUCUCUUCACAAUGUCAGUCACCAACCAUUCACAAAAGUAGUAACAAGUGCCCGGAAAUGCUCACUCUGUCACCAAAGCUUUCAACUAACGCUUGUAUACAUGCAUAGCCAGAUGGAGUUUUGUUCAUCUUUUAUUUUAUUUUUUCAUCAAAUUGUUUUGAUUUGUUGAUUGCUCAGUUAACCUUGUUAAAUGUUAAAUGUUUAUAUUUGCUUUACCUACGGUAAACCAGUAAGGAGAGUACUUUCUGAUUCAACAUUUGAUCUUGUGAAUACCAUAUACUGUUUGGAAUUGGAAUUUAAUUGUGACCUUUAACCUCUCCGUCUGUGGAUAUGUGAGUAUGACACCACACAGGAAGUGUCUAGUUGCACGUAUCAAGCACAGACCUGGUCUGUUGUAUUGACUAUAUUUGAAAAAGAUAAAUCUUGGUACUUUCCCUGUAUUUUUGUUUGUGUCGGUUUGUUUGAAGAGCUAGCUAGAUCCAUUGUUGCUGUCAGAGCAGACUGGAAAUUGGCCCAGCUUUUUGGUUUUGGUUUCCCUGUUUUCUGGCCUUUCUUCAGUGGCAAAUCACCUCUUGUUGGUUGUGCAGCAGUCAAAGAAUUUGAUUCUGAAGCAACAUAUAGUUUCCUUUUUUGCUGUCGUUAUUUCCUUUGUGAUGCGGCGGACCUACAUCCUAUAGAGAGGUGUAUGUUAUUGUCUUGUUUGCCAUUAGGGUAACUACAGUUGACAUGUUUUGUCUUGCAUUUUGUAAUAAACCUUUCAUGAAA